CUUUCCUGGACCCUUUCCCGGCCCUUUCCCAGCCUUUUCCCGAGGCGUCCAGCAGAACCGAGGGCCGCGGGAAUCCCUUUGGCCACUCCUCAGCAUCUCACACCGUCCCUGCGGCGCUUCAGCAGUCCGGCCUUCUGGAAAGAAGUUCUUCAGCUGCCCAAAUACCACCUGAGGUGUCCGGGGUGCUGGACGCUGGCUCCGGCGCAGGUUGCCAGCAACACCAGGCACAAUUUCUGCCACCCGCUACACAGCAAUGGUGAUAGUGAUUAAUGCUGUCAGCCCUCGAGGGAGAUUUAACCUCAAGACUCUUACGUAUUAAAAUCAGUUUGCUGGUCCGGUAAGCAGCCCUGCCCACAGCUCCUGAGGAGCAGAUUUCCCUCGGCGCUGGCUGCCUGCUGAUGUAAGGGCCUCCCGCAGCCUCCCGAGAGCCUCCCGCGCGCCGGCUGCUGCGGAGCCCUGGGCAGGCGCCGGUCCCGGGAAGCACCAUGAGGAUCCUGCUAGCCAAAGUGCUGUGUCUGCUGGGCGUCUGCGUGCUCAUGCUGCUCGGGUCCCUCCUGCCCGUCAAGAUCAUCGAGGCAGAUUACGAGAAAGCGCAUCGCUCCAGGAGGGUCAUUGCCCUCUGCAAUUCUUUCGGAGGAGGCGUCUUCCUGGCCACCUGCUUCAACGCCUUGCUGCCCGCCGUGAGAGAGAAGCUCAGCGAUGUUCUCAGCCAGGGGAACGUGACCACGGACUACCCUGUGGCCGAGACCAUCAUGAUGGUCGGCUUCUUCAUGACAGUCUUUGUCGAGCAGCUCGUCCUGACCUUCCAGAAGGAAAAACCCUCCUUCAUCGACUUGGAGACCUUCAAUGCCGGCUCCGACGUCGGGAGCGACUCCGAGUACGAGAGUCCCUUCAUAGCGUCCUCCCGAGGGCGCGCGCUGCGCGCUGAGCACGGCCACCGCCCCCACAGCCACGGCCUGAAUGUGCAGGAGCUCUCGCGGUCCGGCCCCUUGCGGCUCUUCAGCCUCGUGUUCGCGCUCUCCGCGCACUCCAUCUUCGAGGGCCUGGCCCUGGGCUUGCAGGAGGAGGGGGGCAAAGUCAUGAGCUUGUUCCUGGGCGUCGCCGUUCACGAGACGCUGGUGGCCGUGGCGCUGGGUGUCAGCAUGGCCAAGAGCUCGCUGGCGAUGAAGGACGCUGCCAAGAUCGCCGUCACCGUGAGCCUGAUGAUUCCCCUGGGCAUCAGCAUUGGGAUGGGCAUUGAGAGCGCCCACAACGUGGCCAGCAACGUUGCCUCGGUGCUCCUGCAAGGCAUCGCAGGGGGCACCUUCUUGUUUGUCACCUUCUUUGAGAUCCUUGCAAAGGAGUUGGAGGACAAGAACGAUCGUCUCCUGAAGGUCCUCUCCCUGGUGCUGGGCUACACAGCCCUCGCUGGGCUGGUCUUCUUCAAAUGGUGAACACAGAAGGGAUGGAAAGAAAGCCUUUCCUCCUCCCCUUGGGAAUGGUGCUGGAAACGAGCCUGCUCUGCAGCCCAGGGGCAGCACCGAAGCCAGAAGCCACGUGGAACAUCGCAGUCCAGGUAGUAUCUCAGUAUCAACCUGGAGGAGGAGAAGUAUUUGCUGUGGACGUGGAGGGAGAUGAAGAUGAGAGUCGCAAUGUAGAUGUCACAAGAUCUAGUGCUCUGCCCGCUCCUUCUCCGGGUCAGCAGCUCGUGCAGAGAUUACUGGACACGAACACUAAGUAUCUGGGUCUAACACUGAGAGCCUGUCGAGGUU